GCGUCAUUCAUUCUCCGUCCCACUCCCUCGCUCACACCAUGACUCCGCCGCCGCCGCGCCUCCUAGUCGCGCUCCUUCUGGCAAUCCUCGUCGGCGCCGUCUCAGCCCAUGGGCGCCUCCUCCCAGCCUCCGACGGCCUCCAGCGGACCGCCGCCGCGCUCCGCCUACCGUCCGAGUCGGAGGGGUGCGAGAUGACGUACGGGUUCCUGCCGUGCACGGAGACGGCGGGUGGGAACCUCUUCCUCGCCGUCGCGUACGGCUUCCUCAUGUUCAAGUCCGCCACCUACCUCUCCGCCGGCAGCGAGCUGCUGCUCGAGAUCCUCGGGCCGGGCAUCGUCGGCGGCCUCUUCCUCCCCAUCCUCGGCGCGCUCCCCGACGCCUUGCUAAUCCUCGUUUCUGGCCUCUCUGGCUCCAAGGAGGUUGCUCAAAGUCAGGUUUUGAUCGGAAUGGGCCUGCUUGCGGGCUCCACAGUCAUGCUUUUAACCAUACUCUGGGGAUCUUGUGUUGUUGUUGGUAAAUGUGAUCUGUCCGAGAAUUCAACUACUGUUGAUUCCCAAGAUACCAAAGCCUUCAGUCUUUUUGGCUCUGGUGUUUCCACUGAUCUUCAGACCAGCUAUGCAGCGAGAAUCAUGGCGAUAUCUGUUCUUCCCUUUAUAGUUGUUCAGAUACCGUCCAUUCUGAAGCUCCAAUCUGGUCAUCGGUUAACUCUACUGCUCGGGCUUAUAGUUGCAGUGUUACUUUUGCUCACGUACUGUCUAUAUCAGAUCUUUCAGCCAUGGAUCCAGAGGAGAAAAUUAGAAUACUCAAGACUGAAGCAUGUAAUGUCGGGACUUCUGAAACAUGCUCAGAUGCAUACUUUUGGUCGCCUUAUUGAUGAUGAUGGCAGGCCAAAUGUUUCUGUCAUAGAGAAGUUAUUUCACAAAAUUGAUCUGGACAAUGAUGGAAGCAUAGAGCGUGGUGAACUACAAGCUUUCAUCGUUGGCGUCAAUUUUGAAGAUAUUGACUUGGAUAGUAACCUCGCUGCAGAUCAAGUCAUGGCUGACUUCGAUAGAUCUCAUAAUAAUUUCAUUGAAAAGGGGGAAUUUAUUGAUGGUGUCCUUAGAUGGCUGGAAGAAGCUAAGCGUGCAGUUGCUUCUUCUGGUGUCUACUCAAAAAAGUUUAUGGAUGAUUUUCACACUACAACAAGGGACGAGCAUACUGCGCUGCUUGACAAGGACGAAGAGGAUGGUGAAUCUAUUGAAAAUCCUACCUGGACCUGCUUUAAGGCCAUUGCUCUUUUGCUUCUCGGAACUGCAAUGGCAGCAGCAUUUGCAGAUCCACUUGUUGAUGCUGUCCACAACUUUUCAAGUGCAACGAAUAUACCUUCUUUUUUCAUUUCCUUCAUUGCGAUGCCCUUGGCUACCAAUUCCAGUGAGGCUGUCUCAGCAAUUAUCUUUGCCAGCCGAAAGAAGCAACGUACUUUGUCUCUAACAUUCUCUGAGGUGUACGGUGGAGUGACUAUGAACAACACACUCUGCCUUGCCGUGUUCUUGUCUCUCGUUUACAUCAGGGGCUUAACCUGGGACUUCUCAUCGGAGGUCCUGGUGAUAUUCCUGGUGUGCAUCAUUAUGGGCCUCUUCACCAGCUUCCGGACAACGUUCCCGCUGUGGAUGUGCUUUGUCGCCUUCCUUCUGUACCCAUUAUCGCUGAUCCUGGUCUACGUCCUCGACUACAAGUUUGGCUGGUCGUAGACCUGACCUGGAUAGCGAUUAGUUGAUAUGUGUGUGUUAUAGAGGAGAGAAAUGUAGGCAUGGGCCACUUUUCUUCUGUUGUAAACCUCAUCUGGUAGGCUGGUACGGUGUUCAGCUGGGGUGGAUGCAGUGCAGACUACAGCUUUGACAUCCUGCAUACUUUGGACAGUCACUAAUAAGCUAAGAUGAACUCUGUAGUCAAAACGGUUCAGUUUUAAAAUACCUGGACCAUGGGAUGAUCUAAGAUGGGUUGCGUGUUCAUGUUUGCAA